GUCACUUCGCGUCUGAGUGCCGUCGCGUGCGGACGUGCGGACGGACCAACCGAACGAACGAACGAACGAACGAGACGAAACGAAACGAAACGAAUAAACGGACGGACGGACGAGCGAGCGAGCGAGCGAGCGAGCGAGUGAGCGAGCAAGUGGAGUCGCCGUUGAUCAGCCAGCGCGGUUGCGCGCAGCUACGCUGAAACGUACGGCCGCGGCGGGGAAGGGGUGGGUGGUACGCCUCUCUCAGUGCACGACUUGACGCAGCGGGGGAGAGACCGAACCCCGCGAGAGAUCGCCGCCGAUCGCGACGCAACACGCGCGCCGCGCGCGCGCGCAUCGGGAAAUAAUCUGGCAGCAGCAGCCCCGUGGUAGAACCGAAGUGUCCGCCGCGCGCGCGGACGAACAGCACCGUGAGUCUCGCGGAGCGGCACGCGUGGAGCAACGGAUCGAUCGCUCGUGACACAUCGAGCCCGCCGAGUUUGUGAGAGAUUCCGGAUAUCGGGAAUCUCGUUCUUGUGUGAAACGCUAUACUCUCCGCCGUUACUUCGUUUCUCAUUCUCGCACGUCUUUCUUUCUCCCUCUCGAGCGCGCGCGCGCGCGCGCGUAUACCAACCUUAACGGCGAGGAGGACGACGAGGAGGAGGACGUGUCGACGACGGAGACGGGCCCUGUGUGCCCCAUGAGUGCCACGAAGGACCGCGACGUCCGAGUAUCGCUCCGAGUGGUCGACUACCCGAGGAUUUCGCGAGGAUUUCUCCGCGCGGAUCAUCAGCCGGCGACCCACUCGCCCUCCCAUUGAGUCCAAAUUGAGAGAAACGAAGUUCUUUUCGAGGAGCUAUUUUCUAUUGCGACGGCAUGAAGCAUUACGGCGCCGUAGUUGAGAUCACGAUGACUAUGGACGUGAGCAAAUCCGAGACGAAUAAAAAUGGUUCGACGCAGCAGGAGUGCGCCGGCUGCGGGAAGACAAUUACGGAGAGGUACCUCCUCAAGGCCCUGGACCUCUACUGGCACGAGGACUGCCUCAAGUGCGGAUGCUGCGACUGUAGGUUAGGCGAGGUCGGCUCUACCCUCUACACCAAAGCUAAUCUUAUCCUCUGUAAGAGGGACUACCUCAGGCUCUUCGGGAACACGGGAUGCUGCGCGGCAUGUAAUAAGCAAAUACCGGCGUUCGAGAUGGUCAUGAGGGCCAGAACGAACGUCUAUCAUCUCGACUGUUUCGCCUGCCAGCAGUGCACUCAUCGGUUUUGCGUGGGCGAUCGGUUUUACUUGUGCGAGAACAAGAUUCUCUGCGAGUACGACUACGAGGAGAGGCUAGCGUUCGCUAAUAUGGCGUUACAGUCGCCCGCCUCAUUAGCAUACAUCAAAAGGCAACUCCCUCCUACACCGACGCCUCCGGGCCAGAAUAUGCACCCGGGACACAAUCCGCUCCAAGCUCAUCAAGGUCUGGGGCAGUCGGUGGCCCAGCACAAUCACGUGCCCAAUGGUCAAAUGUCAGGCGGCACGCCGACGAUGAAUGGGACGACCAUAGGGGUCGGCGGGCCGAGGGCGCCGGGCGAUAUGAACAACAACGGUCUGUCCGGGCCCGCCCUCGGGCCCGUGAAGCCACCCCCGAUGUCCAUGCAGGCGCCGACCAGCUGAAACGAGGCCUCGCCGCCUCUGAAGAAGCUCAGGUGUCUCAGCGGUUACUAAAGUCGAUAGGGAGUUUCUCUUCGCUCGUGGAACGUGAUCGUGGAUUCCGGGCAGCGGGAGAUGGGAAGAAAGGUAUACGUUGCACCGCUGAGAAUGGCGGGAUGGACAAAGAAGGGUUGAAGGGGGACGAUAUAGAGAGAGAGAGAGAAAAAGCGAGAUGUUAAUCGGGGGAAAGGGGGAGGGAAUGUCAAACGCCCGAAGAAUCGGAACACAAGCUCCGCGAAGUGGAAUCCGAGGCUUCGAGGACUAAGUGACGGAGACUGGAAUCACUGUGAUCGUGGAAAAUGGACACAAAUCUAACGGAAGAUAAUGUUAAUACAGUGUAGGACACGUGCGCGUUCGGCGCGAGCUGGAGCUCGACACACCGUAUUUACCGCAGGCAUACAGGUACAUACAGAUACGUACAUUAUUACACACACACACACACACACACACACACACCUUCCAGGCAACGCAACGUUCAAAUGACGUAAAAUUCUCCAGAUGUCUUUCAGGCGUCUCUCAGACUUUUGCGUUGUUUGCUGAUGCACGUACGCGUCAUGUAAAAUACGAUACGACACCCGACACACACACACACACACACACACACACACACACACACACACACACACACACACACACACACACAAGGAUAAAAUAGAUAAUUCGUGUAAAAUAUAUUUCUCUAGCGAGGCGGGAGCGAAUGUGGUUCUGCGUGAGUGCGAAAAUUGCGUACGCUUGUGGGUGCGUGAGCGGCGGAGUCGCCUGUAAAUAUAUCUGUGUCGUAUUUGACUCCGCGAGAGAGAAAGAGAGAGAGAGAGUGAGAGAAAACGAAACAAUUACCAGUAUACGCACGCCCACUGAGAUGAUUCUCGUCCCGCUCGUGAUAUUGCCGUCGUCCACGCGUAAGGACGCAAGAGCGCCGGAUUCGAAAGGGGAGGAGGAGGGAACCUAAGCGAGAGCGAAAGGGGCCGCGAGGGGUUUUGUAACACGUGCCAUAGUCCCGCGAUUUCACAGCCGGCUAAAAGCGGGCAGCCACGAAAGAAAGGGAACGGAAGCAAGACGACAUUUCGAAAUUGGAAAAUCGGGGAGCGUGCACACACACGCAAAUGCCAUUCUCUUGCUAAGGAAAAGUGAUAAUUCAAUUUUUAAUUUUCUUCUUUUUGAGUAACAUUUGUCUUGCAAAGAAGAAUAUUUUUGUAAUGUUUAAAAUACACUUUUGAUUUGUUUGAAACAAGUAAUACUUAUCUAUUUGAAACAAACUUCUGUGCACACACACGCA